AUGAUGGUGACUUCUCUCUCCUUCAAGCUAAUGAGCGACGACGAGAGAAGGCCGGAGGAGAGGGUCGUCGGGUCGAACCUGCCUCCCAGCCUACUGAAGAUCGCUUCGCCGGCAAACGAGGAGAAGCGAGUGUCGCCGAAGAAGGAACCGCCGACGGAGUGGUCGCCAACGAGGAACAAAGAAGAGAAUAAGAAAAGGGAUGUCUACUGGGUUGUGUAG